AUGGUCGAAGCAGAGCUUGAGAAAUGCCCCGUAUGCGCAUCAGACCGCUAUCUCAAUCCCAAUAUGAAGUUCCUGGUCAACCCAGAAUGCUAUCACAAGAUGUGUGAGUCAUGCGUUUCUAGAAUCUUCACUCUUGGACCAGCGCCGUGUCCCAUCUGUUCCAAAACACUCCGGAGGAACAAGUUUCGGCAGCAGACUUUUAGUGAUGCAGUCAUUGAGCGGGAAGUCGAUACGCGGCGGCGUCUCAAUCGCAUCUACAACAAGACUGAAGAAGAUUUCGAUAGUCUGAGGGCUUAUAAUGAUUACCUAGAGCAAGUGGAGAUGAUCACAUUCAACUUGACUCAGGGUGUCGAUGUGGCGGAAACAGAAAAGCAAGUCAAGGCGUACCAGUAUGCCAACAAGCAAAGCAUU